ACACACGCACACACACGCGCGCCGCAGCGCAGCGCAUGUGUUCAUCCACCGCGUCGUCGGCGGCGGCGGCGGCGGCGCGUUAAACAGGACGAGGCGUCCGGCGGGGCUUCCGGUGCAGCAUGCUGGAGAACGGAGGGAAGGUCUUUAAAGAGGGACUCCUGGAGAAGAGGAGCGACGGUCUGCUGCAGCUGUGGAAGAAGAAGCUGUGCGUCCUGACGGAGGACGGCGUCCUGCUGCUGCCGCCCAAGCAGCAGGAGCACCUGCAGCACCUGCACCUCCCGGGAGGAAGAGGAGGAGCAGGAGGAGGAGGAGGAGGAGAGCCGGGCAGGAUGAAGGAGCUGCACUUCGCCAACAUGAAGACGGUGGACUGCGUUGAGCGCAAGGGGAAGUACGUGUACUUCACGGUGGUGAUGGCCGAGGGCCGAGAGAUCGACUUCCGGUGCCCGCAGGACGAAGGCUGGAACGCCGAGAUCACCCUGCGGAUGGUCCAGUACAAGAACCGGCAGGCGGUCCUGGCCGUGCGCUCGUCCAGGCAGAAGCAGCACCUCCUGCAGAUUCCCGCGCAGAAGACGGGUCGCACCGCCGCCAACGUGGCGUGA